AUGAGUUUCACCGGCGACGGCAGCAAAUUAUGCCACGUUUUAGCUAUGCCAUUUCCGGGAAGAGGACAUAUCAACCCCAUGCUAAGCUUCUGUAAGAUCCUAGCAUCACGAAGACCAGAAAAAAUUCUCAUAACCUUUGUAAUCACUGAAGAGUGGCUCGGCUAUAUCGGCGCCGAUCCAAAGCCGGAAGCCAUCCGCUUCGCUACUAUUCCCAACGUCAUCCCAUCGGAGCGUGAGAAAGUAGCCGAUUUUCCCGGCUUCUAUGAAGCUGUCAUGACGAAGAUGGAAGAGCCAUUUGAGCGGCUUCUUGAUCAGCUUGUAUCUCCGGUGGAUGUGAUCGUCGGCGACGUCGAGCUGCGGUGGCCUGUUGCUGUUGCGAAUCGGAGGAAUAUUCUAGUGGCUGCGUUUUGGACCAUGUCGGCGUCGUUUUACUCUAUGCUACAUCACCUUGAUGUUUUCUCACGUGACCAACACUUAACGAUUGGUACACUUGGUGAGAAAACAGAGAACAUUUCAGGUAUUUCUUCACUUCAUAUGGAAGGCCUUUUAACUGUUGUUCACAAAACGGAUGACCGAGCAAUGCAGCUUGCAUUAGAAUGCAUAUUUUCAGCAUCCAAAGCAAAUUAUCUUUUGUUCACCACAGUUCAAGAAUUAGAGGCUGAAACAAUUGAUACCCUUAAAGAUAUAUUCUCCUUUCCCGUCUAUCCUAUCGGUCCUGCAAUACCGUAUUUAGAACUCGAAAACACGGAUCAUAGCCAUGACUAUAUAAAAUGGCUAGAUUCUCAACCCGACGGAUCAGUAUUAUACAUUUCCUUAGGUAGUUUCCUUUCGGUAUCCAAUGCUCAAAUGGACGAAAUUGUUGAAGCGCUAAACAAUACUGGAAUUCGAUACCUAUAUGUUGCUCGCGGCGAAGCAUCGCGAUUAAAAGACAAGUGUGGAGAUAAAGGCAUGGUGAUACCGUGGUGUGAUCAAUUAAGAGUAUUGUCACAUUCUUCUAUAGGUGGAUUUUGGAGCCAUUGUGGAUGGAAUUCAACUUUAGAAACUGUUUUUGCUGGAGUACCAAUUUUGACAUUUCCACUUUUCUUAGAUCAAUUUCCUAAUAGUAGUCAAAUUGUUGAUGAAUGGAGAAAUGGAUGGAAGAUAGAGGUAUCGUCAAUGUCAGAGAAUGAAGUGAUUCUUGUAAAAGAAGAUAUAGAAGUGCUUGUUGAGAAGUUUAUGGAUCUUGAAAGUCAAGAGGGAAAAGAAAUUAGAGAUAGAGCAAGAGAACUUAAGACUAUGUGUCAUAAAGCUAUUGGUAAAGGUGGAUCUUCGUAUAAGAACAUCGACGCAUUUUUUAAUGACAUUUCAUUUCAAGGUCACUGA